CGGAUCGGGACACAGAGUGAGUCUGGGAAUAGGAGGAAGCUGGCAGGCUGAAAGAAGCGUUCAGCUCACCGGACAGAUUUUCUGGCUUUUGACCCUUUAGCUGUGGUUACACGGAUUUGCGUGGGACAAUGAGCUCUGUGGUGGUUUUAACCCAGGAAAGCUUUAAUGAGCAUCACAGUGGGCUUACCCAGCCGCAGGUCAAAGUGGUGGCCAUGGGAUCGGAGGAAGAAACAGAUCCCCCCACUUAUAAGGACUCUUUCCCACCCAUCCCAGAGAAAGCGCUGAACAGUGAGACUCAAGCGGAGCCUACAGGGGCUUGGAGUAAGAUUAGGCCAAUCAAGUCUUCCAUUUUUACUCAGGUGUUCCAUGUUCCCCUGGAGGAGCGCAGGUACAAGGAUAUGGCCCAAUUUGGAGAGGGGGAGCAGGUUAAAAUUUGUUUGGACAUAAUGCAGAAGACUGGAGCCCAGUUGGAAUUGUCUCUGGCCAAAGAUCAAGGCUUGUCAAUCAUGGUAUCUGGCAAACUGGACUCUGUUAUGAAGGCACGGAAGGAGAUAGUGACCCGACUUCAGACUAAGGCGUCUGCAUCAGUUGCUAUCCCCAAAGAACACCACAGUUUUGUGAUUGGCAAAAAUGGAGAGAAACUGCAGGACCUGGAACUAAAAACCGCUACCAAAAUUCAAAUCCCCCGGCCUGAAGAUGCUAGCAACCAGGACAAGAUCACUGGCACCAAGGAGGGCAUCAAAAAGGCACGUCAUGAGAUUCUGCUCAUAUCUGCUGAACAGGAUAAAAGAGCAGUUGAACGAUUUGAGGUAGAGAAGGCCUACCACCCUUUUAUUGCUGGACCUCACAACAAAUUGGUUAAUGAAAUAAUGCAGGAGACAGGCACAAGAAUAAACAUCCCUCCACCAAGUGUCAACAAAACUGAAAUUGUGUGCACUGGAGAGAAGGAACAGCUAGCUCAGGCAGUGGCAAGAAUCAAGCAGAUUUAUGAAGAAAAGAAGAAGAAAACUACCAGCAUUGCCGUGGAGGUGAGGAAAUCGCAAAACAAAUACGUCAUUGGUCCAAAGGGCAACAGCCUGCAAGAAAUCCUGGAGCGCACGGGGGUAUCAGUGGAGAUUCCACCCAGCGACAGUAGUUCUGAGACAGUCAUCCUGAGGGGGGAGCCUGAAAAAUUGGGCCAGGCACUAACUGAAGUGUAUGCAAAGGCGAACAGUUUCACUGUGGCUUCUGUGUCUGCUCCUUCAUGGCUGCAUAGAUUCAUCAUUGGCAAAAAAGGACAGAACUUGGCAAAGAUCACACAGCAAAUACCAAAGGUGCACAUUGAGUUUACAGAAGGGGAAGACAAGAUCUCUUUGGAAGGGCCUACAGAAGAUGUGACUGUAGCUCAGCAACAAAUGGAAGUGCUAGUCAGGGACCUGAACUCACGAAUGGACUUUGCAGAAAUAAGCAUUAAACACCGGUUUCACAGACAUCUUAUUGGAAAGAGUGGUGCAAAUAUUAACAGGAUUAAGGAUCAAUACAAAGUCUCUGUGCGCAUUCCCCAAGACAGUGAGAAGAGCAAUCACAUUCGUAUUGAAGGUGACCCCCAGGGGGUUCAGCAAGCAAAAAAGGAGUUGCUGGAGCUAGCAUUAAGAAUGGAAAAUGAGCGCACAAAAGAAAUUGCAUUCUUGAGUUCCCUUACGGUAUUUGUCCUCGCUACAUCUAUUAUAAGUGCUUCCGCAAAUUACUCCUAA